AAGACGAAAACACUGGCAAUUGCAGGUUCUGCCAUUGCGGUCGACAUAGUGCUAGACAACAACAUUGUGCAGAAUGUAUCGUUAGCCUACCAUGGCUCGGCAGCCUCAGUUUCCACGCAUAUGGAGGCGGCCAGUCAAAUCCUGUUGGCAGACUUGAAGCUUGGUCCAAACCAGAGUCCCUUGACAAAGACUCUGGAUAAAUUCGCGUACAACUUUGGCCACAUUGCCAAUCUGGACAAGCUCAGCAUCAUCCCCGGCCUCGACUGCUACGAGGCUUUGGCAGGCAUCUUUACCAGCUUAGAAAGAUUGCAUCACUGGGACAUUGCGAACUUGCGGAAAGAGACGGAGAUGGCAGGCAAGUCAGAUCAGUACCUGUCUCUAGCUGCCCUGUGUACCAGGCACGGCUAUCCCGUUAUGCAUGCACGAAAUAAAGUCGGCCUCGCUCUGCAGUACUGGAAAGAGUUGCGAUUUGUACCCUCUUCAGACGACAAGGUGUUGGCCUUUUCUGAGAACGAAAAGGUUUGGUCGCUUCUACUUGAUUGCGCGCCUAUUGAAUCACUCGGCCUGUCACCAGUCAGAGUAUCCGAGGACUGGAUUUCCAAAGAUGUGGUAAAGCCGGAGAACGAGCAACAAAAUCAAGCACUACAGCCUCACAACCUCCCCAUCCUUGAUUGGCAAGAACCAGAGAACAUCUCACUCCCUUCAUCAGAUGAGAAUAAGAAUUCCGGAAUGGAUGAACUGUCGAUGCAUCUCCCUACGCUACCUCAAGUCACGUUUACGGUUACGUUUGAUCCGCCUGUCAUCCUCCCGCAGACUGACUGCAUCAGACUCUACUCUUAUGUGAACGCCACACCCCCCAAUCCAAGUCCUUCGGCCGACUUUGGUCAGCGCCCUCUUCCUCCACCAACAUUCGACGAUUUGUUCUUCCCCAUAUCAGCAGGGAACAAGCAAGACCCCAGUGAAUCUAGGACGAUUACACGCCUUCGCGAUGUUCGUGUUUUUGAUCGGCAGGGCAAGUCGUUCACCAGAAGUCACCAUAACACACUCUUCAUCUACAAGCCAAUCUAUUCUCAGGAAGUCACAGAAAUGUCCUUUUCACAUCCCCGCCAACUCAUUGACAUGCUUCCUCUCCUUCGCCAAUUCGCUUUCCUUUCCAUAUUGCUGAACAAUAGCUUCGGGUCGGAAACAAAGGAGAGCUCGCCCAAGCCUGUCAAAGCGGCAUCGGCUCCUGCUACUACCAAGACAGUCAAGGAUGAACUGGCAGCGUUCAUGGCGUCAAGCGAUGAUGAAGGACAAAUGGAUAUAGAAGAAGAACAAAAGGUGAAGCAAGAAGCAAAGCCAAAAACCAUCAACGGCGAGAAGGGAACUGGCCAAGAUAUGAACAUCGAUGUCAUAUUAUGGGUUCAUCCAUCACCAUAUCUUCAGGUCGUCUUCCCCGUUAAGGACUCUACCAUUGACAUUACGCUUCGUAUUCUAGAAGGCGGCGUGGUGGAAAUUGUCAAUGAGAACAUAAUUGAACAGCAGGCGUCAACUGGAAAGGGCAAGGUGCUCACUAGACAGGAUCUCGGAAAGGUGCUUGAACGGCUCGAGGAUCUGUGCAAGUGGGCUGAAUGGAUUCGCACGCGCCUUUGUUAAACUCCAGAUCGUCGACAGAAUGAAUAAACAUAUUUGAUACCCUUUGAACUGUCCAUUGCUUUCUUUUUUGGUGUUUAUACUUGUGCUGAGUGAAUUAGCUCGAAAUCCUUUGAUCAUGUUCUAGUUCAGGGAUUUACCUAGGUAUGUUCCACUGUUCUGCUUCUCUAUUCACAGGAUACGCAUCUUAUACAACGUCGUGAUAGUUCAGUCCAUACCAAAUAUUUACCUUCUCCAGGCCAUUAUGUUUUCUAUUUAAACGUCACGAUGCUCCCUUCAUAUCCUCUCCUAUCUCUUCACAACCAUAACCACAAUCAAAAUCACAAUCACAACUCCUUCACCAACACCAAACCCCAAAACCAAAACAAAAACCAGAACCAAAACCAAAACCAAAACCA